AGUUAUUCUCGUCCAUCCUCCCGGGAAAGACUCUCAAGCUUGGACUCAGCCACGCCUCCCCACCUUGGCCCUACCCACAUCCUGGUCCCGCCCCCUUCGGGCCCUAGCGUUCGGUUUCCAUGGUUAUAACGUUGCCUCCUAGAGAGCCCAGCUGCCCAGAAGGCCCCCGCAAAGACCCCGGGGAAGAAUCGGCCAGAAUGCCUCCCACUCAGGCUGAAAGUGUUAUAAAGAAUAUCAUUCGAGAAAUAGGACAAGAAUGUGCAGCCCAUGGAGAGAUUGUUUCUGAAACUCUGGUUGCUUUUAUGGUGAAAGCUGUUGUCCUGGACCCAAGUAAUGGCUUUAACACGGAUAGAACUCUCGUGAAAGGCGACGUGCAGAAACUUGUAAAGCUUUGUGUGACUCGGCUAUUGGACAGUAAAAAUCCUUCCCUGGACACCAUUAAGAUGCAAGUCUAUUUUGAUAUGAACUAUACAAGUCGAGAGGAAUUUCUCGAAGAACAUCACCGGGUCAUAGAGUCUAGAUUAAGCUCUGUUAGCAGAGAAAUUACAGAUAGUCGAGCAUGUGUUCGAGAAGAGCUGGAAAGCCUCUACCGCAAGAUCGUCAGCUACGUGUUACUGCGCUCUGGGCUGGGGUCCCCAACAGACAUCAAGAUUGUCAGAGAGGCAACAGCUGCCCUACAGAGUGUUUUUCCUCAGGCUGAGCUUGGGACAUUUCUAACUCUUUCUAAGAAGGACAGAGAACGCCAGCUGAAAGAGCUCACCAUGAUUGUUACUGGAAUUCGUUUAUUUAACCGAGACUGUGGAAAGGGAGGAGAAGGCAUUGAUGACUUGCCAGCUAUUCUACAGGAAGCAAUCCCAGCCACCACUCAGCAUGUUGAUUCCCAACUUGAGGUGGUCCAGGACCAGGCAUACCGCUACACAGCCAUCCUCGAGAAAGUAGCAGAGAACCCACUCUUGAGUCAAGAACUUCAGCCCUAUAUGUUAAAAGAAGCACUAUAUAACGUGCGACAAUAUGAGUUCUUCCUUCAGAUCAUUUUGUCGGAUAUAAUUACUUGUGCUCAAGAAGUGGAAAUGAUGAUAAAGCAGUUAGGAGCCCAACUGGAACAAUUACAAUUUACUGUAAAAUCAAAGACGGCUGUCCCAACAUCACAAGUCUUUCCCAUCUUCAUUGCCCUUUCCAAUCUGUGGACUAGCUUUCAGGAUGAAGCUGUUUUGAUUAGCAUCCUCAGUAAUUUAUCUACUCAUCUUGAGCCAUUUCUGGGGACUCAUGAACUGUUCUUUCCUGAGAAAGUGAUGCAAGCUCUUCUUGAUGGAGUGACUGUGAAAACUGAUGCGUGUAGAAUGAAAGAGCACAUUGAAGAGAGAGUAAAUCCGGCGGAUUUCAGAAAACUAGAAUGGCUUUUCCCAGAAACAACAGCCAAUUUUGAUAAAUUGUUGAUUCAGUAUCGAGGAUUUUGUGCUUACACAUUUGCUACAACAGAUGGUCUUCUUCUUCCAGGAAAUCCAGCAAUUGGAAUUUUGAAACAUAAAGAAAAGUAUUACACUUUCAAUACCAGAGAUGCUGCAUAUUCAUUUGCAGAAAAUCCUGAAAAUUACAUUGAUAAAAUUAGAGAAAAAGCCAAAAAAAAUGCAGAAUUGAUUCAGCUACUGGAACUUCAUCAACAGUUUGAAACCCUUAUUCCAAAUUCUCAGAUGAAAGAGGUUGACAAACAUUAUAUAAAACCAAUUGCAAAGUGUGAAAGUAGCACACAGACGGAUACACAUUUAUUGCCACCAACAAUUGUGAGAUCAUAUGAGUGGAAUGAAUGGGAAUUAAGAAGAAAAGCUAUAAAAUUGGCCAAUUUGCGUCGGAAAGUUACUCACUCGGUACAGACUGAUCUUAGUCACAUGAGAAGAGAAAAUUGUUCCCAGGUGUACCCUUCAAAGGAUGCUAGCACACAGUCAAAGAGGGAAGCCAGCAGCCAAGUGCCCCGGCCCCAGAUUUAUGUAGCUGGUUUCCGCGGGGGCCAUACCAAGACCACCUGUGAAAUCAAGGUGAAUUUAACUAGAGCCAUUGAUGAAAUCUAGUUAGAGACCACACUUUUAACGUAGAUACCACUAAAUUGUGAACAAUGGCAAAUAUUUAGAAGUAUUUUUGCAUCCAUGAAAAUUAGCAAAUUUUGUGGGGCUGGCACGUUCAUUGGUGGUAUGAAUGUUUUUGGGUUCUCACCCAUGUGCACUGUCAAACUGCUACAACAAAUGAAAAAUCGUUUUCUGUAAUACAUUUUUCAUUCUAUUAAAAUUGCAAAGUAAAACUCUGUCCAUUCCUCUUUGACUUGUAAGAAAAAGUUUGGCAGCAUUAAGACUGAAAUUAUUAGAUAUUAAUAUAAGAUGAUUAGAUAUUAAUAUAUAUAAGAUUGUUAUGCAUGGGAUAGAAAUUUAUUUAGAUAACUUUUUAUAUAUUGAUAUAAGAUUAUUGUGCCUGGGAUAGAAGUUUAUUUCUAAAAUCAUAUUUAAUGUUGAACAUUAAAAAUUUAAACCAUAAUCAAUAUUUUCAGCUUCAUUAGCUAUUAAAUGCACCAUGGAUUAAAUUGAUAUGUAAUAAGACCUCACUAAUUUGGAACAGUUGGAACAAAGAUCCACAUGAUGUUUUUAUUUUUUAAAAUUUUAUUUAAAAAAGUAUUUAUUUAUUUUUAUUAUGUAUUUUUAAAAAUUUAUUUUGGCUGCACUGGGUCUUAGUUGAGGCAUGCAGGAUCUUCGUUGUGGCAUGCGGGAUCUUUAGUUGCAGCAUGCGGACUUCUUAGUUGCGGCAUGUGGGGGGCAUGUGAACUCUUAGUUGCGGCAUGCAUGCAGGAUCUAGUUCCCUGACCAGGGAUCCAACCUGGGCCCCCUGCAUUGGGAGCGCGGAGUCUUACCCACUGGACCACCAGGGAAGUCCCACAUGAUCUUUUUUAAAAUCUGGAAAUUUUACAUGGAAUCUGGAUUCUGGCCCCUUGAAAAGAUCGGGAUAUCUAGCAGCACUCGGCCAGCAUUCCUGUAACUAGUAGCUUUGCCCUUUCGUAGGGCAGGUACUUCUGGUUUUAAUUCUUGCUGCCUUAUGGGUCUCCUACUUCACUCCUUUGACCUAUUUGCCUAACUCCAUAGGUUGUGUUUAGGGCCCCUGUCAAUUACUGAUAGCCACAUUUUAGAGCUGUUGUUUUGUUGCUGCCUUACACACUCCCAAUACCUAAGCAUGGAUAAUGAAGUCUCUCAAGCAGACGGCCUGUUAAGCCUGGGGGCAGGGGGUGUCAUUUAUAUUUAGCACGUAUUUUUGGCUUAGGUGACUCUUACUAAGGUGUUUGUAUAAUUUAUUUUCUAUGUAGGUUAAAUGUUACUUAUAAUAUGAUAUGUUUCAAAAUCCAUUUUUCUCAGAUACUAUGAAGGUAAACUUCAAACAGA